AUGGCUGAAAAUCACUCUGCCGGCGUCCUCCACGCCGACCCUAACGAGACGGGAGUGUAUGAGAUUGAAAGUUUAUGUAUGAAUUGUCGUGAUAAUGGCAUGACACGAAUUCUUCCGAUCAAGAUCCCUUUCUUCAAAGAGAUACUACUCGAGUCCUUUACGUGUGACCACUGUGGAUGGAGAAACAAUACCGUCAAGAGCGCAGGACAAAUUCAAGAGAAGGGAUCCAAAUUCACUUUCAAGUUAGAAGACACAAAGGAUUUUCAACGGCAAGUCGUACGAAGUGACACGGGUGUCUUCCGUGUCGAAGACCUCGACCUGGAAAUGCCUUCAGCUCCCGGACAAUUCACCAAUCUCGAAAGCAUGAUAUCCAAGAUUCAGACGGAUUUGGCCUACGAUCAGCCGGCGCGAAAGGAAGCCAAUCCUGAUCUUUAUACGGCCUUGGAUGGCAUCAUCCAGAAACUCACAGCUAUGUUGGACGGUACAGCUUUCCCCUUCACCGUGUCCCUGGACGACAUUUCCGGUAACUCGUUCAUUGAGCCUUCUCCGUCGGACAAGGAUUCCAAGUACAGCCGCCAUGAUUACCUUCGUAGCCACGCUCAGAAUGUUCAGCUCGGGCUCGCGACCGAGGAUGAUCAAGCCAGCCCCGAUGGUGGCGGUAUGGAAGGAGUUGACAUCGUUGACGAUGAGGUAUACGAAUUACAUGCAGAGUGUCCGGCAUGCUCCAAACCAUGUACGGUCAAUAUGAAGAAGACCAAUAUUCCGCACUUCAAAGAGGUCAUCAUUAUUGCCACGGUCUGUGACCACUGCGGAUACCGGACAAGCGACGUCAAAACGGGUGGUGAGAUUCCUGAGAAAGGCAAAAGAAUCACCCUUGCAAUCAAGACUUUGGAAGACAUGUCCAGAGACAUCCUGAAGUCGGAGUCUUGUGCACUGCGCAGUUUGGAUCUGGGCCUCGAAGUGCAACCUGGUACACUUGGUGGACGCUUCACGACAGUAGAAGGAUUAUUGACCCAAGUGCGAGAUCAACUACGGGGCCAGAUAUUUGAUGUUGGAAACGAGGAUCUCGCCGGCGGGGACUCUAUGACUUCUGACACCAAGACAAGAUGGGAUAAAUUUUUCGAUACGUUGGACCGCGCAAUCAAAGCCGAAUUCCCGUACUCAAUCACACUGGAGGAUCCAUUGGCCAACUCGUUUGUGCAGAAGAAUGUGGACGAUGGAGAUGACCCUCAGAUUACUACUGAAGAGUACGAGAGAUCCGAGGAAGAGAUGGACGACCUUGGACUCAACGAGAUGAAGACCGAAGGUUAUGAGGAAAGCAAUGAUGAUUGA